AGUUAUCAUCAUCAUCAUUAUUAUCACUGCAGCGUACCGAAUAACAGAACAACGAAGCACUUUUAGAGACUUGUCACAUUUUCGACUCAAGGGUCUCGUUCCAUAACCAUGGCAUUAGAAAUGCAAAAUUCAAACCCCACCAUUCUUAAUGAUGCAGAUCUGCCUACUCGUCUUGAUGCCCGGACCUUUCGCAAGCCUGGGGCUUAUGGGAGUGGACCCAUCUUUACCUCUGCUCCUGCGGACUCCAACGAUUUCUUUACUAUUGGUUGCUAUUCAGACACAGAAGGUGAAGAUGACUUAUUGGAGGAACCCAUAGAUGAACAGGAAAUAUAUGACCUCAUAUCUACAAUAUCCGAUCCAGAACAUCCUAUAUCCUUGGGAGCUUUGGCCGUCGUGUCCCUUCCAGACAUAUCCAUCAACCCAUGCCUCCCGAGCAACCCUGAUUCACCUCUUAGAACAGUCACAGUUCUCAUAACGCCGACAAUUACCCAUUGCAGCUUGGCCACUGUAAUAGGCCUCGGCGUCCGUGUUCGGCUAGAACAAGCAUUACCCCCGCGAUUUCGAGUUGAUGUACGUAUCAAAGAGGGCACUCACAGUACCGCUGACGAAGUCAACAAACAAUUGGCUGAUAAAGAGAGAGUGGCUGCUGCAUUGGAGAAUGGGACGUUGAUGGGUGUAAUCGGAAAGAUGCUGGAAACUUGCCGGUGA